CCUCUACGCAUGCGGGUAUGCAUAGCCCACUGUACACCAGCACACACAAUGCGACAUUUUCAACUGACCUCCAAUACACUGAAUAAGUAAUUUUACUUUGCUGUCACUGCUUUUCGGAGGCAGACAGUCCAACGAUGGAUUACAAAUUUUUUGACACCACCAACGACGAUAUAGAUACAGACAAGUUGAGAUCCCUGCAGCUAAAACCAGGACAGCUUGAAGAAUAUGAAGACGCUUUCCGCCAGAUGGAUGAAGAUGAAGACGGUUUCAUAUCUGCCAAAGAUGUCGGUAGGCUCCUCAAAUCUCUAGGACAGAAUCCAUCGGAACCUCAGCUACAUGGAAUUAGAAAUGAAGUUGAUCUCGAUAAGGAUGGCAGACUGGAUUUUAGCGAUUUUCUUCAGAUAUUGAUGAAGAUCUUGAGUGAAGAAGAUGGGGAAGAGGAAUUGAAGGAAGCCUUCAGAGUAUUCGAUUUAGAGGGAAGUGGUUACAUACACACGGAGGAAAUAAAACACGUGUUGGUGCUUUUGGAAGCUGUGGAUAACGACGAAGUGAUGGAAAUGACGCAAGAUUUGGACAUCAAUGGCGAUGGAAAGAUAUAUUUCGAAGAUUUCAGAAAAUUCAUGAUAGCUGGUAACAUUGAAGGUGGUGAACAGUUACUAGAAGAGAACGAAUGUUAGUAACAGAGAACGUGACAGUACACGGCUACAAGAAGAGAACGAAUGUUAGGACGAUGAAUGUUAAUAACAGAAAGAAAAAAUGUGUAAAACCUGGAGAAUCCUUGGAAGCGCUGCCACACUGACUGGUGGUGUUUCAGGGUGGUGUGCUCCGCCAUACGAGGAACUUUGCGUAUAGAACACGAACUAUUUAUAUCUGAUAUAUUUUAUUGUAUACAAAACGUAUACUGUAUUUUUUAUGAUCAGCUUUGUUUAUUUAAUGGUAUUGUUUUUUAAAUUAUCAUUUUUUAUUGUUUUAUUUUGUUAACAGCUGAGGGUACAUUUACACGGAAUGCUUUCUGUUAUUGUCCGAUAAUUAUAUAUAUAGCAUUCGUGAAUAAUAUAUAAGGUAGUAUUAAAUUUGUGUAAUAAAUGUUUUAGACGAAUCAUAC